CCGGUGGCCCCGGAGGGGCCCCAGUGGGGCCGGGACAUUUGCGCCGCCCUGGCGGGAGGGCGAGGGCCCGCACGCGGCCCCGCUGGAGGCCUCGCCCCAUCUCAAGGCCUGUCCGUGCUCCGGGCUCGCCCCUGGCUGCAAGGGCUGGUUCGGUGCUCGGGGGGUGGGUCCAGCCCCUAGGGCCUCCCUCAAGGGCGCCUAGGAGGUGUCUGAGUCAACCCCGCUGCUGACUCCUCAGCUUUGGCCGUAGUCAGGGUUUCAUCGGGAGCCCGCCUUCCUCCCGCUGCGAGCUGCAUUAUAAAGCGCUACUGCGAGAAGAGGUUUGUUCCCAAAUACCUGGCGACUAUUGGCAUCGACUAUGGCGUCACGAAAGUGCAGGUCAGAGAUCGAGAGAUCAAAGUGAACAUCUUCGACAUGGCGGGGCACCCAUUCUUCUACGAGGUGAGGAAUGAGUUCUACAAGGACACGCAGGGGGUCAUCCUGGUCUACGACGUCGGGCAGAAGGAUUCUUUCGACGCGCUGGAUGCAUGGCUGGCUGAGAUGAAGCAGGAGCUGGGCCCCCACGGGAAUAUGGAGAACAUUGUCUUUGUUGUCUGUGCGAACAAGAUCGACUGCACCAAGCACCGCAGCGUGGAUGAAAGCGAGGGGCGGCUCUGGGCAGAGAGCCGGGGCUUUCUUUAUUUCGAGACGUCGGCGCAAACAGGAGAAGGGAUCAACGAGAUGUUCCAGACCUUCUACUCCGCCAUCAUCGACCUGUGUGACAACGGCGGGAAGCGUCCCCCGUCCAGCAUGGGAGUUGGCUUCACCAAAGAGCAGGCAGAUGCCAUCCGCAGGAUCCGCAACAGCAAGGACAGCUGGGACAUGCUGGGGGUCAAACCCGGAGCCACAAGGGAUGAAGUGAACAAAGCCUAUCGGAAGCUGGCAGUGCUGCUCCACCCUGAUAAGUGCGUGGCUCCCGGCAGCGAGGACGCCUUCAAAGCGGUGGUGAACGCCCGGACCGCGCUUCUCAAAAACAUCAACAGGUGGGUCCGGGUCGCUCCAUCCCAAACACACAGUCACUGUUUUCUCUGGAUAUUCGUGCUGAUACAGAGGGGAUCGUCACCGGUCACCCCAAGAAGUGUGUGUGGAAGCUUGAGAUCUGGCCAUUGCGAUGCUGAGAGAGGUCAGAGCUGCCAGGCUUCUAGGAGAGAGCAAACAGCAGCAGAUCCCUUUAGGUCCCACAGUUUCAGCAGGACCCCGUUUUAUUUCUUUUCUGCUAUGUGAGCUUGGCAGGAAAGGACCCAACACUAAGUUAUGAAAUGAAAGCCACCGAGUGUGUGUUCGUGUGUGUGUGAGAGAGAGGACACUAAGUUAUUGAAAGCCACUGAGUGCGUGUGUGUGUGUAUCUCCUACCCCUGCCCCAAACGUAUCCCAUUCAGAAGUGUUUUCUUCUGUGGCCAGUGCAGUUUUCUUUCACUUCAAGGCAGCUUUUCUGUAUUGCCUUUUCAAAAUGUAUAAGAAAUCAAUAACAGAUCCCACCUUUUUGGCAGCAAGCACUGAGGGAACUUCGAAGCGAGCAUCAUUUUGAUCUCUCCCUGGUUUCUGGUGCCAGGCUGCUGGGAGGCAGAAAUAAGCUGUCCUGCUGGGAAACACUUUUUGCUUCUCCAGUGUAGAAAUAUCCAAGGGGAGAUGUUGCUACAAAAGGUUAAUAUUUAAAAUAGCUUCAUUUAUCCUCUGCCGGAUGUAUUAAAAGCUGGGUCGGGGGAGAUGAGCAGGGCGGGCAUUGGAGCUGCAGCAAGUUACACUGACAGGAUCUUGUUCUAGACACUUCAUAGCGCUCCAGAGUUCACUGGAAACCUCCCCCCUUGCCUGGCGAAGGAAACCACUUGAUUCUGGCUUCAGACCCAUUUUUCUGCACUUUUUUCCACUGAGGAGGGUAGGUAAUCCUGCUGCUGAAUGGUGCACUUUACUUUGAGGGCGAGAUUUCGGUGCCUGGAGUAGUUUAAAUGCUGCCUCGGUUCCUGUCGGUCAGGGGCUCUCCAGGUCUGUUGUGCGGUGCCCAGGCUCUCCUUGCAGAAACGCUGUUUGCUCCUCAGGUGACUCUGUCUGCCAGGCUGGGGUUUAUCCUGCCUGUUUACAGAGCUAACCGGAUGUUUAGCGAUGAUUGCACACGCAUGUCACGUCUAGCGAUGCCGGUGACCUUCUAAGUUGUGUUAUUUUUAUAAAUUAAAACCCCCUUUGGAACAAAGGAA